AUGGCGGCCUCGAAGCUCGAAAUCAAUUUCCGCCGUCUUUUGGAACGCUGCGAAGUGAUGGCCUCAGAAAUCCAUGAGAAUAAAGAAAACGUAAGCUGGAGGUUGGAAAAAGUGAGUUAUAGCAUUCAUCAAAAAAUUGUUUUCUACUGUUACCUCUCUAGGAUUUGAACAAACACUGAAGAAACUGUCGACCCCAGCUGUCUGGUCGGGUUUGUAACAAUUUUUCACCGUUUUUCUACUUCAUAUUGCAGUAUGUUUUAACGUUACAGAGGCAAGCCGCCGAACUAAAAAAGUCAGAAAGGUUAGUUUUAAAUGCAGAGUAAUAAGAUAAAAGUUAAACGAGCAAUACGUCAUUGUAAAAUAGUGAUUUUAAAUAAUAAGCUUAAAACAGCUGAUACAGGUAGUCUUUACUCUGACGGGUCUUAAUGUCGGGUCGAUUGUAUUUAGUAUUAAUAUUUUAGUCAUCACAAUAGAGCUUUUUUAUCAGUACCUGACCCAGUUAAAUAACGGAGAAAAAAGUCUUUUCAUAUUAAAGGAAAAAAUUCAACGUAUUGGUAUACCGACAAUGGACAUAGCUAGUUCAUUGUUUAAUUUUGGUACCCCGAUAUGGCGGACUGAAGUAGACAUCUCCCUUUGGUAGCAGGCAGCGGUUGGCUGGCCUGAGCUAAAUUUAAGUUGUCUAGCAGUAUACAACAUUCUGAAAGGCAGAUGACUUGUGUCUCUAACGUACUGUAGGUAUCAGUGGUCACGGAUGUAGAUAAUAGCCGGGAGCUGGGAAAAAUACCCGGCUGUCAAAAUUAUUUUUCCAGCUGAAAAAAAUGCAGUCUUUAAAAAGGCAACUGUUUUCUUCUCAUGCUAUCUGCCCAUCAAAUGCCAUUUUCCAUCAGUUAUAAAUUUAAGCUACAUCCCUGGUGGUUGGCUGGUAUCAGCUUCCGAGUUUCACUUUUUUGUCACUCCGUAACUAAACUUUCUUCAAUUCAAAGCAAAGAUUCACAUGGUGAAAAAACCUGUAAUGAAGAUACUGGUGGUUUUUUAAUUUUUCGCAUCACCAAUAAGUCUAGCUAGCAUUUCAGGUCAUGCUUCUUAUGAUUAAAAAAGCGUACCUUUUCAAAAACUGGGAAAUCAAAAUAUUUUGGUUCCAUCAGCUUGUUGAGUCACAUGCAAGAUAGAUUUUUGGAAAUAAUCAAAACUUUAAAUAUUAAUUAUUUUUUUGUCUUGUUACAGCAAACCAAGUCCAGACGCAAUGACUGAAUACAGCAAGAAAGUAGAGUUCCUUAAAGGUUUAAUAGAAACACAGAAAAUGGUGAGACGGGGAUCAAUGUUUUGAAAUUUUAAGAUGGGCAUCUGUUGUUGCAUUCAAAUAAGAAAAAAUAUUGUUGUAGAAACAACUAGGAAAUGCUUGUCAUCAGAGAAUAUAUCACAAAUAAUAUUGUAUAUCAUUUGUAUGUUAAGUAUUUUACCGUUGGUUGCAUCUAAGCGUGGACACGAGACAAAAAAACAUGUUCUGAUAGGGUGCUUAUUGCUAGACAUCACGUGUUUUGCCGCCAAACAUUUGAAGUUUGACAGCCGUUAAAGCAAACUGUCACGCCAAAGGUAGGUUGUUUAUAUGUUUUGGUCGGCGUGUUCCACUCACAUUUCUUUUUUCUCAACUUUCAGGCAUAUUUCUCGCUCAGAAACAACGCACUUGCCCGCAGAAAUAAAAAUUAUUCUUUACGUCAAAAAAUUCUUGGAAAGAAGAUUUUGUUGAGUGAAAACAAAUCAAGUCGACAACAGCUGCCUACUCCAAACUUCACAUGUUUGGUGGCAAAACAUGUCAUGUUUGCACCCAAUUAGAACAUUUGUUUUUCCUCAUGCGUACACACUUAGAUGCAACCAACAGUAAAUUUCCAUCUUUUUCUUUUGUUUAUAUAAUUAUUUAUACUUUUAGAAAAAAAGACGGUCAUAAUCAUUAUUCCACAUUUGUAAAUAGAUGUACCGGUACUACACCAUAAUUAUAUCUGCAUGUAUUUACUAAAUUCUAUUAUGAUAAAUGGUAACAGUAAUAAUAUUAAAUAGUUUUCAUUGUGAUAGUAGAAAAAGUGUGAUGAGGUAUCCGGAAUUAGACCCUCUAGAUGACCCUGAUGAAAUGUCAAAUUCUCUCUUUGAUUCAUAGGCAAGCACUGGACAAUUUAAAAUAACAAUCUAGCACUGAGUUGAUCUUACAUGCAAGGGUUGAUUUCCACUGUCAUGUAAUUUUUCCGUGCAAACGCAUGUAAAAUUUACUCGCGUAAAUGAAGUAGAGGCAAUGUACGAAAGGCCACACAUAAACAUGAAAGUUGAGCGAGGUUCAACUUUUACGUUACAGGUGACUCCUUCCAUACAUUGUCUUUGUUUUACUUACAUGCUUAAAACUUACAUGCGCAUGCACAUAAAAAUUACACAACAGUGGAAAUCCACCAUUAGUCAUAAGGGGAAAAUCCAGGCACCCUUCAAUUUCUACUGGCUCCGAAAAUACCUUGAUAAUUUAGGUUUGUUAGAAGCACUCAAAUUCUCUUUUCUAAGGGGUUUGUUCCCUUUAAAUUUCUAUUGUAGUUGAAUACAAGUGUAGAUCCAUGUAAAAUAAGAGUUACCUUCACUUUGUUUUGUAGAAAUCACCAACAGAAAAACUUCUCGCCAGUCGGCAGUUAGUGCGUCCACUGAGUCAAACAUCCAAUGCACAGACCACAGAGGUGGACAAAGGACGAACAGUAAACAGAGCACAAGAACUUCAUAUCAGGGCCAAGUCACAGAUUAAUAAAGAGAUGAGAAGUGAACUUCUGGGAGAAGGUGAGAAUAAUGCAGCUUAAUUUCACUUCUGAUAUAAUGCACUUGUAGGUUAGUUUAUUUCACAUUUAUUUUUGUUGAUUUUUUGUAAGGAUCAUGCACAUUAUUGGCUUACAUUCCUCGACACAUUACAAAGGUUUUCUUAGGCCAAUAUUUUCACAAAACUAAGGACUUUCAAGGCACCUUACCACGGCACAUUCAUUUUGGCUUGUUUUUGGGCCUUCUGAGACAUGAAAUACUUUGGUUUUUAAAAGUAAAUUGAAUAAUAAAUUUAAUUAAUUUAUUAGUGUUAAACGUUAACAAGGAACCUUGCUUAUUUUUCAGACAAUAAGAAAGACAGUCAUGGAGUGCGAAACAGGUAACUGAUUAUAAUUAUUUCACUUGCAUAUUACUAGUUUGGUCCCUUAGUCGCUGUAACAAAUAACUCUUUAUUUUCAAAUCCCCCAUUAUCACUCUGCUUGCUCCCAAUGCAAAACUUGGCAUAAACUAUAGUCUUCAAAUGCUCCCGGAAGAACUGUGUAGUUCCAAGGGCUUUUGAGAACAAAAACUUUAUUUAGGCACAAAGCCUCAAUCGGUGAUAAAAUUGUGGAGACAUUGUACUCAAAAUUAUGUGGAAACUCCAAAAAUAAAAGUCAGUGGAAAAAAAUCCCUGAUAGCAAGUCAGUAUGACUUUUUAAGUCUGAACUGGUGUCAACUUAAUAUUUUCUGCAUCAUGAAUUGUUGGUUAGUGUUGAACAAUCUGCCUUUUAUAGCCUGUGUUCCAGCUCCUUCCCACACAUUUUCUAAACCCUCAGAGUGUGUUCCAUUUGAAUGAUCCAAAUAAGGAUCAGUGACUUGUGAUCACUCAGAAUAUAGCACAUCAAAGGACUCAAUGAAUCAACCCUGGGAAAGGAUUCAUCAGUUCACUUGAUGUACUAUUGCAUGGUUUCAAAUCGAGAGGUGCUGGAUAUGAGUCGGUUUAUCAUGGGCUAAACAACACAAGACCUAUAUAGUCAGAAAGAGCGAAUUAGCAACAUUCUCAAGUUUGGUGUUUACCGGGCCUAUAUUGAACGAUAUAAAUAGAUGUACGGACAAUGUGACCGGCAAUCCAUACAUGUACAUCUCUUAUAAAAGUGAUUUUCAAGUUUACAGAUAGCUGUAUCUUGUUCGAUAUUGGCGCGAUCGACACCAAACUUCACAUAUUUCAUAACCUCAAUGUGCUUUUUCUGACCACCUGGAUCUCGUGUUGUUUAUCCCAUAAUAAACCGACCUAUACCCAGCCCCUCUUGAUUUGAAACUAGGCAAUGGCUGAGUGAUCUCUGACCUGGAUCAUCCCAAAGGAACUCACCCUUAGUCUAUACAUGCUGUACAUGUAGUGUCUGCCAUGCAGGCUACUUGUUUUUGACAAUCUUUUUUCUUGAAGAUUAACAGGCAACAAGAAAAGUGAUGCAAAUGAUGAAAGCAUUGACUCAGUUCUACAAUACCAUCAGAACUUACAAGAAAAUAUAGCAGAUGAAAUGAUAAAAAUGGCUCAGCAUAUAAAACAUACAUCUGUCAUGGCCAGCAACAUUAUUAAAGAAGAUAACAAGGUUACUAGGAUGUUUGUCCUUUAAUAACAGUAAAUACAGUCAACUCUCUCUAAGAUGAACACUUUUGGGACCGGCACCAAGUAUCCGUCUUAGAGAGGUGUCCGUCUUAUAGAGAGUCAAAUAAAGGGAGUAAAAAAAAGGCAGGCACCAACUCUAGGUGUCCAUUACAUUUACAGAGGUAUCCGUCUUAUAGAGGUGCCCGUUAAGAGAAAGUCGACUGUAACAAAUUAUUGGAUGAGGUAGUUUCCUGACAUCUGAAACAGACUAGGUCAAGUAAAUGUUAUUGGCUGAAGCUGACAACUCUUACUGAGACUUUGAUUAUUGCGAAUACCAUAUUUCUUUAAUAAUAGCCAUCCCUGAAUUAAUCGCCUCCCUUGAAUAAUUGCCCCCCUUUGACAGAAAUGUUUAAAAUAAUCGCCUCCCCCACCUCUAUUGGUUACCCACUAGGGAUAGUGAUUGUGGGACUUGGAGGAUGGAGCUUUAAAGUGGAGUCUGAUUCAGCAAAACUGAUCAGUGAUGAUUCAAGCUCUGAUGCCACAGAAAUUGACAGCAAAAAUUAAUCAAGGAACCAAAUUUGGAACACUUUAAAUGCCAAUGUUCUUUUAUCUGAUGUGAUUAUUUUUUUAUUAAAUGAGAAAAUAGAACAAAUAUUUAGGGCACGACUUCUAGUCAGCAAUAUUUGAAGUAGUCACCUCCCUCGAAUAAUUGCCCCCUUUUGGUGCAAAAAAAGAAAAUCGCCCCCAGCUAUUAUUUGAAGAAAUACGGUAUCCCAAAAUCCAGAUCCAAUAAGAAAAUGUUUUAUUAUACACGGUUGUGAAGAAAUAGUGUUAUGAUAAACACAUUGUCCUUGAAUACCAAGCUUUGUGCACACAAUUUGAAGGCUGUCAUAAAUAUGAUCAGCUACCAAGGUGACCCCUGGCCUACUGUUAUAAAUUUAAUAGAAUAAAAAUAGAACCAAAUGAAAUCUGUACCUGUUUGAUUCCCUGCCUGCUUGUUUCCUGCAACUUGAAAUCUUAGUGACAGCCAUGUAAAUUUGUAUCACUAAGUUUCUUUACUAUUGUAGAGAUGAAUUACCCAAAUUUUAGGCAAAACCACCGCCAAGAAUGCAACAAGUCCACUUUUGGUUGACAUGCAUUAUUCAAAACAAAGGUUGUUAAUGUGAACUUAAGUAAAGGCUUUAAACUGGCUCAUGUAAAGGAUAAUGCCUGACCCCUAAGGCCUUGUUAAAAAUAAUGACGGAGCGCCCGGGGUCAUUAUUUUUAACAAGGCCUUGGGCCAAGGGGUAUUAUUUAAUGUACUUUUCCACUGUUUUAGAACCAGCAAGUCAUAAUUACGAUCUCCAGUUCCACCCCAGUGACCUGGGCUUUAAUUUAUUGAAAAUAAUAACUAAUGUUCAAAACAAUAGAAAGGUGCAUUAAUAACAAGGAAGGCGUAUUUGCAAAUUGGUCGAUUUAGAAAGGCUCUAUGUACAGACACCAGAGAUAAACUUUGAAAAACUUACUGUUCAAUUUUGUGUUUUGUUUUUUAGACCUUGGAGCAGUCAACAAAGCUUGCAGAUUCAAAUUUUGAGAAACUAAAACGGGAAUCAGAAAGACUUGAGGAAUUAACACAGACACCAUGUUCCUGGUGGAUUUGGAUUAUGAUAAUUACAGUCUGUAUUGUCUUUAUGUGGAUGAUUAUAUUUAUUAGACUUUUCCCAAAGAAGUGA